ACGUUGAGCGGCAUCGGGACUUCUUCCUCUCUUGGAGCAGGAACGUCGUUGAGGACGGACCUCGAGGGCCUGGGACGCAGCGCGGCAUUUUCGUUUCUACGCCGCAUUGCGAGGUCCGCGCGACGAAAGAGAGAGAGAGAGAGAGAGAACACGCAUCGAUAAUAUCGCGGUUGGGUCGUCGGUACUGAUUUAAUAUCAGUAGCAAGUUUUCGAAGAAGAGAAGACGCAAAAGCACAAUGGGCGAAGAAGCCGUGAACGUUAAGCCAGAGCCCCAAGACGCUCAGCAGGACAGUAAGAACGAGAUCAACUCCAGCGGCGGUGGUGGAGGCAGCGGCGGCAGUGGCGGUGGCGGCGGAGGCGGAAGUGGACCCGGCGGUCCUGGAGGCGGCCGUGGAGGACGCGGUGGACGUGGUGGCAGCGGCGGUGGCGGCAGCGGUGGCGGUGGUAGCGGCGGCGGGGGCGGCCGCGGCGAUCGCAAGGGCGGUUCGAGGUUCUCGGGUGGACGGGGCGGCGGCGGUAACCAAGGAGGCCGCGGUGGACCCGGAGGCAACCAGGUCGGCCCUGGAAUGGGCGGCGGCAUGAUGAACGACAUGCAGAUUAAGUCAAUGCUUGAGAAUUCAAUGGACGAUGGUAUGAUGAAUCGUGGGGGUGGAGGAGGUGGAGGAAUAAUGAACAGAGGUCGUGGUGGACGCGGAGGUGGUCGCGGUGGUGGUGGAGCACAUGGCGGUGGUCAUGGGGGCCAUGGCGGACACGGCGGUGGUCAUGGAGGACACGGAGGACAUACUGGUCAAGAUAGAAGUGGAAUGCAAAACAGAUCGCAAGAUGACAGAUUAAUGGAACGUAUUAUGUCUAUUUCUGGACCAACUCAUGAAUUACCACCGCAAGACAUCGAAGAAAAAAAGUUCAGCGGUAGAAAUCGUUUGUAUGUUGGAAACUUAACCAACGACAUCUCGGAAGAAGAAAUUCAACAGAUGUUCAAUUCAUAUGGCGAAACCUCUGAACUAUUUAUCAACAAGGAAAAGAACUUUGCCUUCUUAAGAUUGGAUUUUCAUGCAAACGCUGAAAAAGCUAAACGUGAACUGGAUGGUACUGUUAGGAAAGGUCGAGUGCUUAAAGUGCGUUUUGCACCUCACUCAUCAAUAAUCAAAGUUAAAAAUUUAACGCCUUGGAUAUCUAACGAACUACUUUCUCAUGCCUUUGGUGUCUUUGGAGAAAUUGAGCGUGCAGUUGUGAUUGUGGAUGAGAGAGGAAAGUCAACUGGUGAAGGAAUUGUAGAGUAUUCGAGGAAACCGUCUGCACAGAUGGCUUUACGAAAAUGCACGGAGGGCUGUUAUUUUCUUACUGCAUCACUUCGUCCCGUUGUUGUAGAACCUUUCGAACAAAAUGAUGAUAUUGACGGCUAUCCCGAUAAGAAUCUUCCUAAAAAGAACGCCGAUUUUUAUAAAGCACGCGAAGUUGGUCCACGCUUCGCUUCUAUCGGGAGCUUUGAACAUGAAUAUGGGACGAGGUGGAAGCAAUUACACGAGUUGUAUAAACAAAAGGAAGAGGCAUUAAAAAGAGAGAUGUCUAUGGAAGAGGAGAAACUGGAGGCCCAAAUGGAAUUUGCUAGAUACGAGCAUGAGACAGAACUCCUUAGAGAACAGCUUCGAAUACGCGAGGCCGACCGCGAGAGACAAAAGCGCGAGUGGGAAAUGAAAGAAAGGCAAGCGGAGGAACAAAGAACUCGCGAGGAAGAACUUCGAAGACGGCAGCAGGAGGAAAUGGCUUUACGAAUUAGGCGGCAAGAAGAAGAACUUCAUAGAAGACAGCAGGAAAAUAAUCUGUUCAUGCAGGAGCAAGCGAUGCGCGGCGGUGGCGGCGGAGGUGCCGGAGGAGGCGGAGGUGGUGCUGCCAAAAACUUCGAUGGCAUUCCAUCUGAACGCGAUGGUUACCCUUCAGUGGAAGCAGGAAACAAUUUGCCAGUGGAUCCAAAGUCCUUCAUGGACCAAUAUAACAAUAUGGAACGCAACAAUCGCGGGGGUUACAAUGACGAUCGUGGCCAGAUAAUGGAUCUGAUGGACAUGAGGGUGGAUAUGGGCAAUAUGGGCACCAAUCGGGGCGGCGCAGGUGGCGGCGGCGGUCGUUGGCAAGGCGGCAACGAUCGUCAGCGGCCCGACGACUUCCCCAACAAGAGGAGGCGUUACUAAAUAUAAACAAAACAAAAAAAAAACAACAACAAACAAACAAACAAACGAAAAAAAAAGCAUUAAUAAUUGAAGCCGAAGAAUAAUUAAAAGAUAAGCAUACGGAUAAUUCAGUAAUUGGGCAAUUAUUUAGUUAUCGAAUAAUUGUUAAGGAAUUUAAGACGUAAAUUUAUUAUCGUUCUUUUAAUUAUUCUUAUUUCAUAAUUAUUCAAUCAUUAUCUAGAGGUCUUUUUUUUUUAAUGCGAUUGGUGGCGUUGGCAACUCUAAAUCCUCAUAGGAACGAUCCUCGCUUCUAGCGUGCAUACAAAAUAGUUUCUUAUACAAAGGUUGGCGGUACCCUGCGUAUUCUCCGCUUGGUUUAGUCUGCUCCUUGUAGCUCGAGGAUGCAAGAAUAUAAUUAAUAAAUAAUCUAACCGAGCGCAACGGGACGGACGUUAAUCCUUCGCCGUUCGCUUCACUCAAAUCUCUGACGAUAUU